AUGGCUAAUAAUGAACAACAUUUUCGUAAGCACUGGAUUUUGGGGGUUGAGGUGCUUCUGAGGCCUGUUCUCGCGCGAACUGAUCAGAUUCUCAUUGUCCAGGUUUCAUCUUUUGCGGCUUGUAACCACUGGGUGCCGCAUCACAACGUGGCGGAAUCUGACCCAGCAGCAACGCCGCCAUUGACGUCAUUGCGGUCACCCUAUGACCUGUCCAAAGCUAUGACGGAGCAGUUCAUCCUGCAAAAACACUCUGCAAGCGGAAUGCGCACCGUUAGCAUCCGAAUUGGCGGCGUUUAUGGUGACAACGACGACCAGUACUGGAACCGGCGUUUGCCCUUCAGGCUAUCCCUCGACAUCAGCUGCGAUGCUGAUGCAAACCCUCCGAAGAUCGACGCCAACUAUGUCGAGAACGUCGCAGAAGGCUUGCUUCGAGUCUCUGACCGGCUGUCAGCAGAUGCCUCCGUCGGUGGACGCUUCUAUUUCUACACCAUCGGGGAGCGCCACGCCACACAACAGGAGCUCGGCUACCGGCUUGCCGAGGCCACAGGUCGCUUCCACCUUGCUGCUCCGACUUGGGUCAUCCACGUGUGGUUGGCAGUCAUGAGCUUCCUCGUGUCCUUCCAUUACCAGCUUCCUAGCUGGCCGCUGAAUCAGCCGGCAGGGCGGGUCGUUGAACCAAAGUCGUACUUCAACACGUACUCCAUGGCGAAGAAAGGGCUCAUCGAUCAGUGGUUUGACAACAGUCUCUUUCGCAAGACGUUUGGCUACAGCCAUAUAUACACCACUGAGGAGGCGGUGGCUCUUGUGGCGGGAGCAGCAAAGCGUCAGCCCUCUCCCAGGUAUACAGACUCCCACAAAAAGCGGCCUGGAACGAUGACGCUUGUGGCGGGGCCAGUUCUGAUUUCACUUUGUACAAUGGUUUUGGUGGUGCUUUGCGGUGGCUUGAGUCUUUCUGUUGCUUGCUCCACGUCCUGGAGCCUGUGCAGUCUUUGCCAGUUCGGCUUCUUUGUUUCCUCACCUGCUACACAUGUUUGCGGCUUCGUGACGCAGCCCGCCUACCGGCUGUGGAUGCCCUUUCAAGGGGGAUCCCUCCACGUCUUCCUGCAGGGCAUAGGUUGGUCUUGCUUCGCAUUGCUAUUGAUGCAAUGGCCGCGUCCUCAGUCCAUGCUCCACGACACAUCCACAAUAGUUUUGAGAAUUGUACAUCCUGUCCUUAGCACGGAAAAAGGAGGCCGUUCACGCUUGUGCUUGGUCAGGUUUGGCCUCUCAUCUGCUGGUGGAAGCGGUCUCCCAUGCAUCUCAGGUGUGCAAACUGGUAUGGCGAGGAGAUGCUGCGGACAGAGCUUCUUGGCAGUAGAGGAGUGGCCUGCGAGCCCUAGCAGGUACUAG